GUUUGACUUUAGGCAGCGGAAGAAUUGAAGUAAGAUGGAGGAAACUUUUACUUAGCGGCUAAGAUUAAGAAUCUUCCAUCUAACAACCAGAAGAUUUUAGAGAGAAUUACGGAAGAUAGUCUUUCUCUCUCUAAAUAGCAUCCCUUAGAUACAAAUCUCUCUUUCGACGCAGAGAGACAGUGAGAAUCAGAACAUAAAAUUUCAGAAAUGGAUCAGAUAUUGAACAAGGUGGGCUCCUAUUGGCUAGGCAAGAGGGCCAACAAGGAGAUCGAUUCCGUCGGCGACGACCUCAACUCAUUAUCCACCAGUAUUGAAGGAGGAGCCAAAUGGUUGGUUAAUAAAAUCAAAGGAAAAAUGCAAAAGCCGUUACCGGAGCUGUUAAAAGAGUAUAACCUGCCUAUAGGAAUCUUCCCUCGUGAUGCUACAAACUAUGAAUUCAAUGAAGAGACUGGGAAGCUCACUGUUUUUAUUCCAGCAAUAUGUGAAAUGGGAUAUAAGGACUCGUCCGUUCUGCGCUUCUUCACCACCGUGACGGGGUAUCUGGAGAAAGGAAAACUGGCUGAUAUAGAGGGAAUGAAGACAAAAGUGUUUGUAUGGGCUAAAGUAACUAGCAUCACAUGUGAAGGAUCGAAGCUCUAUGUUACAGCCGGAAUGAAGAAAAACAGGAGUAGAGAGGCGUACGAAGUUUCCAGGGAUGGAGUAAGUGUAGAUAAGUUUUAAAGCGGUUAGAAUGACCGGAUGACCGUAUCAAUAUUUUGUCCUUUCUCGUAGCUUAUGAACCUUAACACUUUUGCCUACAUAAUAAUGUAAGUUUUAGUAUUCAAGUGUAAAGACGGGUUGUUAUUGUGGUAAGGGUUUAUUAUGUUUGUAAUGCCGUGAACCUUGUGUAUUAAGAUGAUAUGAAAGGUGGGUGCUUUAGAGUAACCUCCGGCACUCUGUUUUGAUUAGUAUGUGGCGUUAUCUUAUAAAGCCAUAUUUGUUCGCAGGAAAAGGAGUUGAACCGACCCCAAAGCAACAAAAUGGAUAAUUUAUAGUCUU